AUGGUUGGCCAUCCACGCGCUCGUGGUCCCCACGGUCUUCUUCCUGGGCGCCAUCAGCUCCAUGCAGUUCAUCCAGCGCUGAGCAUGGAGCCUCGGAGCGCCCGAGGGUUUUGGGUCGGAUUUUUCAAGUCGCCGGGUUGCCAACAGUGA